CGGUUGCUUUAACGUGCUGCACAAGAGCAUCAAACCGGAUGUUGAUAGAGUCGCACGUUGCUGCUCAUAUCUCAGCGCUAAUAUCUGUGAAUUUUGACAGAACCCGACUGUAUUGACUCGUGAUGUCUGCGUCGUUGAUCAGAAGAGGACUGGAGCUGCUCAGUGAAGACAUUAAAGAUGCCAGUAAAGGGAAAAAGACGAAGAAGCAGCAGCAGCAGCAGACUCCCAGCUCGGCAUCAGUCAUGGAGCUGGUGAGCACCAAGCGACAGGGGGUCACCAAGCAGGUCAAACGGCUGCAGGGGCGCCUGGGACCCGGCAAGAGCAAAGCUACAGUCAAAGACAAGAGGAUCAAGUCUGCAGUGGAUGAGUUCAGGAAGAAGCAGCGGAAAAGCCAGAUGAGUGCUAACCUCAAGUACUUCAUGGAAACCAGCUGCAAAGCGACAGACUCUGACACGUUGAAGAUCCUGAACCACAAUACAGGAAGACAGUCCAGGAAUCGCCCCGAGCCACCGGCCAAGAAAACCAAGGAGACAGAGUCUAUGUUCACAGAGGAGGAGUUUCAGCAGUUCCAGAAGGAAUACUUUGGUAGGACUGUGGAGAAGAAAUAAUGAAGCGCACCAAAACAAAGAGACACUGCAGACACGACAGAGACACCACAGCUGUGUUUCCAUGACUAUAUUUGAUUCCUGGGCCAGAAUAUGUUCUGGAGGUUGGAUUCACUUCACAUGUCUCAGCAAUGGAAGAAGACAACUCUGCUGGGAUGCGUUUACAUGAGCUAUACACCUUGCAUCUCAGGAAAAUGUGAUCUGCUUAUUUCCAUGGGAUAUGUUGAUGCCUUCACUCACCAGUCAUUAACUAAAGUCAACUGUAGCUUAUUAAAAGAAUCGAUGUUCUGAUGAGCUGCACAUUUUUUCAUCAAGGCAGAGCCACAAUGUCAUCUAAGAUCUUAUUUGACUCACUUCAUUUUCACACCUUCUAAAUGUAGAGUGCAUGAGCUUUGUUGGAAAAACCCACUCACAAUAAAAAAAUACCAUAUUUUCUAAAAUAUA